AUGGCAUCCCACGUCGUCGUUCUGGAUGUCGCAUUCAAGCGCAUCCAAGUCAAAGUCUCGCCCGCCACUUCUCUACGCAGCGUUCUCGAGCAAGCAUGCGACAAGUUCCAACUCGACCCUGACCAACACAUUCUCAAAAAUACAAAAGACAAGCCUAUCGACCUCUCCCUCCCCUUCCGGCUCUCCGGCCUCGUCUCGGGCGCAAAGCUGCAGCUCGUCCAGUCCUCACGCUCUCCCUCGGUCGUCAAGGUCGCCCUACAACUCCCCGCCGAGGACAACUCGCCACGUCUAGAAGACCACUUCCCCAGCAAUACUCCACUCUGGCUCAUACUACGCAAGUUCGAGGAUGGUGUCGCUGGAAACACAAACAAGCUCAAUCUCACAGAAAGAAGCGCCCCGAGCUCACAGACUGGCAGCGGCUAUCUCUGCUAUCUACAACCUUGUCUCAACAUUGGGGGCAGCGCAAAAGAGCUGUCUAGCUUCUUGAAUCUACAAAAGUCUCUUGCCCAACUAGGUCACAACCGCGGCAACGUCUUGAUCAGGCUGUCGUUCAAGAAUGAGGGCGUGCGCAUGGAAGAGGCCAAGGCCCAGAUCACCACAUACCUUCAAGCUCUGUCGCCGCAGGAUCCUUCUCAGACACAAACUGCAUCGUCACACGGCGCGCACGCAGCUCCGGAUGUCCAGCUCUCUUCGCUCCCUAACGCCGAUGCUGACAACUCUGCUAUGCCACGCGAAGACGAUGCUGCCCAAGAUCCAUCAGGGGACACUGUCAUGUCUCCUGCUCCCGAUCUUGCUCCCGCUGAACAUCCUGCACAGGAAGAGGACGUGAUAGCAUCGUCUUCGACAACGCAGAUGCCUUCGACCGAAAGUCAAUUCCCUUCGUUGGAUACAGGCAUUUCAGUCUACGCUGCUCCCUCUGACAAUACCCCGUUUGCUGCAAGACAAGCGUACAAUGAGGCUGACUACCUGCCCUCAGUCGAACAUGCCAACGCUCAUCAAGCCAGCCUCACCAAGUUGGGCAGAAAUACACGUCUACUGUCUGACAAAGAGAUCGCUGCCAAUAGUGCAAGCAAGGCAGCAGCUCUCGACGAAAUUAAGACUGCGACUCUUCGCAUUCGCUUCCCGGAUAUGUUCACAGUCGAAUGGAGAGCCACACAGUCAGACACAUCCGAGUCGCUUUACACAAAGGUCAAAGAAAUGCUCGAUAACCCUUCACUCAGAUUCAAACUGCAAAUGACUGGCCCCCAGAUGAAGCCACUCAUUUUCGACCCUACAAGUCAGCAAAGAUUGAUCAAAGAUUUGGGUAUCAGAGACCGUUCUCUUAUCGUGUUCGUUUGGGACGACAGUGUGACGAAAGAGAUUCGUGACAGGCCAUUGCUGAAACAGGCACUGAGAGGACAAGCCAAGGAGCUUCAAGUCAACGAACCAGUCGCAGAGGAGGAGGCCAAACAGGUGCCUGCUCCUAAGUUUGAAGAACCUAAGAAGAAGUCUGCACUCUCCUUUGCGGACAAAGAGGCUAGACUAAAGAAACUGAUGGGCUUUGGUAAAAAGAACUAG